UUGACACCACCAGUGCGGACUGGAGCAGGACCUCCGAGGAAAACCGGAGAGUGAACCGGGCGCUUCAUGAUUUCUGCUCCCUUUUCUCUCAGUUUAAGAUUUUGACAGUUUGUUUUAGUUUUGGCUCGUCUGGGCUCCUCUUCUGGACCGAGUGGACUCCUGGAAAAAAAGACACAAACAUGGAGAUAGAGAAGGAAGUGAAGAAGAUGACCCUCGGCCACGAGUUUGGUGCCGGAGCUUCCUGUUUGAAAUGCAAGGACAAGUGUGAAGGCUUCGACCUGCAUUUCUGGAGGAAAAUCUGCAGGAACUGUAAAUGUGGGCUGACGGAGCACAACGUGCAGAUGAUCUCUGAGGAGAACAAGAAGGUGGGGAAGCUGUUCGAGGACACCAAGUACACCGGCCUGAUCGCCAAGCUGAAGACGGACGGUGUCCCCAGCUACCGCGGCAACAUGGUGACCAUCUCCAUGCCCAGCAGCGGCACCGCGUACAUCGUGCCGCCCGGCGCCUCCUCUUCUUCUGUGGUGCGCCCGCCUGCCACCGCCGGUUCUGUGCAGCCAGCAGGGGGCGCUGCAGGUCCAGCAAGGGGCGCUGCAGGUUCAUCAGGGGGUGUUCGUCCUCCAGCAGCCAGCCUCACGCCCCUGAAGGCCAACAGAGUGCCCGUCACCGUCAGCCUCGCCUCAGCCAACACGGUGCCCAGAGACGUGCCCAUGAUGUCCGUCACCUACGAGUGGGCUCCACCUGUCGCCAAUAAGUACCUGGCGGCGCGGUACAUCGAGCUGCUCCCCGCAGAGAAGCGUCCGGUGGCCGGUACCGAGGGAGCCGUGUACCGCCGGCAGCAGAUGGCCCGCCAGCUGCCAGAACACGACCAGGACCCGGCCCAGUGCCACGAGUUGAGCCCCGCCGAGGUCAAGCAGAUGCAGCAGUUCGUCAGAAAGUACAAGGACGAGGCGUUGGGCGUGGCAGACGUCAUCCUGCCCGAGGAGAUGGCUCUGGUUCGGGCCGGGGGAGGAGCUGGAGGGGCUCACGGUGCUGGAGGGGCCGGGUAUGGACCGGGAGGAGUGGGAGCUGGAGCUGGAGGUCCUGGUAUUGGAGCUGGUUAUGGUUCUGGAGCUGGUUAUGGGCCAGGGAAUGCAGGUCCUGGAGUUGGUGUGGGUUUUGGAGCAGGAGGUAGAGGAGCUGGUGCUCCUGGUUCUGCUGGUGCUCCUGGUUCUGCUGGUGCUCCUGGUGUUCCUGGUUCUGCUGGUGUUCCUGGUUAUGCUGGUGCUACUGGUUAUGCUGGUGUUCCUGGUUCUGCUGGUCUUCCUGGUGCUCCUGGUUCUGCUGGUUAUGCUGGUGCUCCUGGUCUUCCUGGUGCUCCUGGUUCUGCUGGUGCUUCUGGUGUUCCUGGUUCUGCUGGUUCUGCUGGUGCUCCUGGUUCUGCUGGUUAUGCUGGUGCUCCUGGUGCUCCUGGUUCUGCUGGUGCUCCUGGUUCUGCUGGUCUUCCUGGUCCUGCUGGUGCUCCCGGUGUUGCUGGUUAUGCUGGAUAUGCUGGUGUUCCCGGUUCUGCUGGUAUUGCUGGUGUUCCUGGUUCUGCCGCUGUUCCUGGUUAUGCUGAGGUUUCUGGUGUUCCCGGUGUUCCUGGUUAUGCUGGAUAUGCUGGUGUUCCUGGUGCUCCUGGUUCUGCUGGUGCUCCUGGUUCUGCUGGUGCUCCCGGUGUUCCUGGAUAUGCUGGUGUUCCUGGUUCUGGUGUUGCUGGUGCCCUCCCAGGGCCCGGCUCAGGAGCGAUGGGCGCUCCUGGAUCUCAGCAGGCUGGACUCCCACAACAGGCCUUCUCGUGCAAUCACUGCCAGCAGCCGAUGCGAGUUGGCGAGCCGGCGGUGUACGCAGAGCGCGCCGGAUACGAUAAGAUGUGGCACCCCGCCUGCUUCGUCUGCUGUAACUGCAGCGAGCUGCUGGUGGACAUGAUCUACUUCUGGAAGAAAGGCAAGCUGUACUGCGGACGCCAUUACGGAGACAGCGAGAAGCCGCGCUGUGGAGGCUGUGAUGAGCUGAUCUUCAGUAAUGAGUACACGCAGGCUGAGGGUCAGAACUGGCAUCUGAAGCACUUCUGCUGCUUUGAUUGCGACUGUAUCCUCGCCGGAGAGACGUACGUGAUGGAGAACGAUAAACCCGUGUGCCAGCCGUGCUACAUGAAGAGCUACGCUGUGACAUGCUGCUCCUGCCAGCUCCCUUUGGAGCCCGAGGCCCAGAGGGUUUCCUACGGAGACUUCCACUGGCACGCCGACCCGCAGUGCUUCAAGUGCUCCGGCUGCUCCAAGUGUCUGGUGGGCCAGCGCUUCAUGGCCGUGAAGAACUUCCUCUUCUGCUCCGUGGACUGCAAGAAGAAAAUCGUGGUUUAGAGCGGCCAGAACUACUCCCUCCAUCUUCCCUCAAAACCACUCGUGAAACCAGGCAGCGUUCAGAUGGAUUCAGAGCAGAAACAAACAUGGCUGCACGUGGGGAGAGAUUGUGUGGUGUUGUGUUACCAUUCAGUGCCUGAUACCUCUGAUAUAGAGGCGUAUUAUAAUAAUAACGAAUGCAUUUUACAUUAGGGUGCUCUUACCCUUCGGUUCAUGGAGAUCACAGUAUUGAUAAAUCACCCAAACGUCAACCUUCUAGUUUGUUAUUUUCAACAACUUCAGUAUAAAUACGUAGAGAAAAGGCAAAUAAAACACAUGUAUUUGAAGUGUGAGAGCAAAACAAAGCUUAUAAUUAAAAAGUGCUCCCGUGAGAUAUCCAAUGACAUUGUUUCUGGUCAGGGACGUCAUAUUUUAUUAGAAAAAUUACAAACUUUACGAUAAAUACAUUUCAAAAUGGACUGUGGUUGUGUUACCAUUCAGUGCCUGAUGCGUCUAAUGUUGAGGCGUGUAAUAAUAAUGAAUGCAUUUUACGUUAGGGUGCUCUUACCCUUCGGUUAAUGGAGAUCACAGUAUUGAUAAAUCACCCAAACGUCUUCCUUCCAGUUUGUUAUCUGGCUUUUUCUCAACUAAUUCAGUUUAAAUAUGUAGAGAAAAGGCAAAUAAAACCAAGAUAUUUGAAGUGGGAGAGCAGAAAACAAAGCUUAUAAUUAAAAAGCGCUCCUGUGAGUUAUCCAAUGACAUUGUUUUCGUCAUAUUUUAUUAGAAAAAUUACAAACUUCAAAGUCUGUCAGUCAUUUCCUCUCAACUAUUCCAUUGUUGUUGCUUUUCUUGCACUGUUUUCAUACCGAUGAGAUUUAUUUUGUGUUGGUCAGUGGAGACGAUCCAGUUUCCUGAUGUUGAACCUGUGUCUUUGAAUGUGCUGCUCCUAUUGAACCUACUGUUGAUUUGCCACCAUUUGAGCGUUCUUCCUACAAAAUAACUACUGAUACUAUCUCUCCUCUAUGCAGUAAUAUGAUGAGCAAUAUUUGCCAGGUUUGCUUUGCUUCUUAAUCUUAUUUCAGAUCAAACUAAAAUCAAAUGGUAAUGAUAUUUGAUAUUAAAAGCUCUCUGAGGAAAUGUAACUAGAGAGAUUUUGGAAAUGAAACAUCCCAACACUGAUAACAGUACAUGUUUCUUUACACAUAAUCCAAUAGGGUGCGUAUUGCAGUAUUAAAUAGUAUUUUGGGUUGACACUAUAUGAAAACCUCCCAUGAUGCACCACCAUUAACCAGUUUAGGAGGUACACAAGUAUAAAGUAUUGCUUUCCGAACAAUGGCUCUAAUACUAAGUGGUUAUAUGAGCAGGUGUAUGAAAGGUAUUUAUAACUCCGUCCUGCUUGUGUAUGUUGAUGUGGAUAAAGAACGUGCACAGAGAUAUUUUUUAUUGUAAGGAUGUUAGAUUGCAUUAGCUUUUGUCCCAUGAACUGGCAUCACUGUACCGAAUUCAGUCCAAUUAUACUGCAAGAUAUAUCCUUGAAAAGCGCUGUAGAAACGCUGUGUUUGGUUGUUGGAUCUUCGUUAACUUCCACAAAGAGUUCUGUAAUGAUUGGUCCAGAUAAGAAUUACACAUUUAAAUAAAUACGUCAUGACGAGGAGCUCGUUAGAAAUAUAUCAUUGAGUAAAAAUAAAAAAGGAAAAAGGCUGAACAAACCAAUGAGAGCAGAAAAUGUGUUUGUUUGUUUUUACAUUUUCAUCCAUGUAGAUUGUAGAUCAUCCACUGGUGAAUAUAAACACUGAACAUGUGUUGUAUAGGGAUAAUGACAUGGGACCCAAACACUUGAUGAAAUCAGGAAAUCACUGGACAUUUCCAUAAAUAAAAACGACGUGAGUUUCUUUAUUUUUUGUUCUUUUGUGCCAUGUACUUUUCCAAUAAUGCAAUAAAUGUAAUUUGACACA